GUUUUCCAAAAUAAAAUAGGAGUAAAACAUUAUUCUCUGUCGUACGCAAUGUGAACUCAAUAGUGACAAAAUCAAAAGUGUUUGCGGAGAAAUAAAUAAAUGCAAAAUCUUUGUUCCCAAAAAUUCAAAUUCUCGACAAAUCACAAAACAACAGAUCAAUAUCUCCUAGACUCCUAGCUUCUUCUUCUUCCACUGUUUCUCUCUCUCUCUCUCAUAUUCAAUUAUUUCCAGAACUGUCGGACAUCUCUCAUCAAUAUGAGUUUCGUGGAAUGGGUUCGCUAGAGCCCAUGAAUUCUGCGCUUUUGUUAAAACCACAGUUCUCACCGUUUUGGGCAAAUAUUUAAUUAAGUAGCCCAAGAAAAAUCCGUUUCGUUUCAAUCUCAAAAACGUUUCGCUCAUUUUCUUGAUGAAUCAUAAAUUAGAUUUCCUGACCACUCCUUCCGAAUUUAUUGAAGGUCCGCAUGGUCACAACAUAAAUAACCUCAGUAUUUGCUGUUGCAGAGCUCGAAAUCGUCUUACGUUUUCGGGUUUCUCGCUCCUAUUCAUGACAGCUGCUGUUCUAAUUUUGUCAAGAAAAUCAGCUGCAAAAUCUCGCCUUUAAAUUGUCCCUCUCAUAUUCGCAGCAUUUUAGCACUCAAUUUCAAGCUCAGAGCUUUCUUGGUGCUGUAAAUUAGGGUUGAUUUUGCAAAGGUUGGAAAAUUUAUCAAUUCUUGAACUAAAGAUGCUAGCAAGAGUGGGGAGCUCUGGUUUGUUGGAGGAAGCCAAAGAACCUAGUGUUAGAACCAUAAGCCAAUCUCACCGCCCUUUCCCACUUAGAUUACUUCAGUUUCUACUGCUCUUACUCGGACUAGGCAUACUCGUCUCGUUUCUCAGCAUGUACGCCAGCCGGCAUCUCAAGGUGCAGAACGAUGUUGCUGUGAUUCCCUCGAGAUUCCAGCCCUGUGUUGAGGAGCCAUUGAGUAUACAAAGCUGGAUUAGACCUCCUGCAUACCUUUUGCAUAAGAUGAACGACACGGAGCUGUUUUGGCGGGCUUCGUUUGUGCCCAAGAUUAAACAGUAUCCCUUCAAACGAACACCCAAGAUUGCAUUCAUGUUCUUGACCAGAGGCCAUUUACCUCUCGCGCCUCUUUGGGAGAGGUUUUUUAAGGGGAACGAGAAGCUGUAUUCAAUCUAUGUUCAUUCGUUACCUUCCUAUCAGCCGGAUUUUCAGGGCUCAUCAGUUUUUUAUGGCAGGCACAUUCCCAGCCAGGUUGUUGAGUGGGGAAUGAUGAGCAUGUGCGACGCUGAAAGGCGGCUUCUUGCUAACGCACUGCUCGAUAUCUCCAACGAGUGGUUCGUGCUUCUAUCAGAGGCCUGCAUUCCCCUCCAAAACUUCAGCAUCGUCUACCGCUACAUAUCAAGAUCCCGGUUCAGCUUCAUGGGCGCGUUCGAUGAGCCCGGCCCGUUUGGCAGAGGGCGCUACAACCGAAACAUGUCGCCCCUGAUUAACCUCACGAACUGGCGAAAAGGGUCCCAGUGGUUUGAGGUCAACAGGAAACUGGCCGUGGACAUCGUAGGGGACACCACGUACUACCCCAAGUUCGAGCAGUUCUGCAGGCCAUCAUGCUACGUGGACGAGCAUUAUUUCUCGACAAUGCUGAGCAUCGAAUCCCCUCAUCUGCUGGCAAACAGGAGCCUCACCUGGGUCGACUGGUCAAGGGGCGGUGCCCACCCCGCUACAUUCGGGAAGGCCGACCUAACCAUCGAGUUCUUCAAGAAGAUCUCUGAAGGUAAGCCAUGCUUGUACAAUAACCAGCCUACUUCUGUGUGUUUCUUGUUUGCUCGGAAAAUUGCCCCUAGUGCUUUGGACCAUUUAUUGCAAAACUCGUCCAAUUUUUUUGGAUAUUGAAAGAAAUAUUAAUUUCUGAUUCCAUUUUUUGACCAUGGAUCGAGAUUUAUAUAGAUAGAGGACAGGUUUAUAGCCGUGUAACAGAUAGAAGUGAGAUUUAGUAUUUCUAGUUUCUAGCAUGAUAUGCUAGGUUAUUUUUGUUUGUCUCCUCCUGUAGUGAACUACAUUCUGAAUACUAAAAAGUUAUUUCCAUAUGAA